GUCCCCUGCCCAUAAGCAUCCUGUCUAUCUCUAUGUUUAUCUGUUAAUCUCCUGGUUACAUCAGGUCUCAACGCAGAGCACCUUUAAACAGAACACCCUGAGAGUCAAGUCUCUCUCUUUUUGUCUUUCGCUUCCUGUCUUUCUCUCUUUCCUUUCUUUUUCAGAAUGAGAUCUCUGGCCAUGCUGGUCCUCCUCUUCUUCUCUCAGGGUCAAAGUUCAACCCCAGAGGUCGAGAAGAGGUCAACGUGUGAUCAAUGCGACGAACGUCUCUUCUGCAACUGCUCCUCCCGGAACUACCGACACGUUCCCACGGUAACCGUCACCGAGGUCGUAACCCUCGACCUCUCCUUCAACGACAUCAACUCGGUUGCUGAGGACGAUCUGAGAGAGUACACCUGGUUACGAACCCUUGAUCUCCGUAGCAACAGGAUUCAGAGUAUCCACGAAUGGGCCUUCCACCUUCUGCAGGGCCUGGAGUCUCUGGACAUGUCUUAUAACCAGCUGGCUGCUCUGAAUCCGGCCUGGUUCUCCAAGCUCCUCUCCCUACAACACCUCAACCUGCUGGGCAGCUGUUACAGGACCCUCGGCCCUGGAGGGACGUGGUCUCUCUUCAGGUCUCUGACCAGGCUGAGGUUUCUGAGAUUUGGGAACCCUGCUCUGGAGGAGGUGAGGAGAGGAGACCUGGCUGGAGUCAGACAGUUGGACCAGCUGGAGGUCUACGGGAAUAACCUGAAGAGGUAUGACCCUGGAAGCCUGGGUGAUCUUUGGCCUCUAGGGGUCGUGACCCUGCGUCUCCGAGGACCAUUCCAGGACAACACGACACUCGUCUCCUCCAUCCUCCGUGACGUCUCCUACUCAGAAACCUUUCUGGUAGUCGCUGAUGUCCUGCUGUCCGAGAAGACCUCCGUCGCACCGUUCAGAGAGACCAACCGGAGACGGGUGCGGUCCAUAAUGUUCCAGAACGCAACCUUGACGGACGAGGCCAUCGUUCACUUCAUGGAGGUUAUGGACGGGACUUCUCUAGAGUUCUUGGGAGUAGAGGACGCAACGUUCCAUGGUACAGGCUCCUGGACGCCGGCUAGACGGACUCACCUUGACAACCUGGACACAGUCUACUUCAGAAACAUAGAGGUCAUGAAUGUCUAUAAGUUCACUUCCUUCCUGCCUGUGGGGUUUCUACUGAAAAACCUCAGACAGAUCUCUAUCAUUAACUGUAAGGUGUAUGUGAUGCCGUGUCUGAUUGGUCAACGGGGAAUUACAAACCAAUGAAACACAUGUGUCUCCUCCAGGUGUUUUGUGAUGCCGUGUCUGAUUGGUCAACGGGGAAUUACAAACCAAUGAAACACAUGUGUCUCCUCCAGGUGUUUUGUGAUGCCGUGUCUGAUUGGUCAACGGGGAAUUACAAACCAAUGAAACACAUGUCUCUCCUCCAGGUGUUUGUGAUGCCGUGUCUGAUUGGUCAACGGGGAAUUACAAACCAAUGAAACACAUGUCUCUCCUCCAGGUGUUUUGUGAUG